AUGGGGAGCGGGUUUCAAGGAUACGAAGGCGCCAACAGUUCCAUGCAUCAGAAUGAGUUAUUGUGGGGAAGCUCUGACGAAGCUGUCUUCAUAUCAUCGGACGCGUCGUUUGGUUUGCGGGUAUUCAUCACUUUUGUCUACUCUGUGGUCUGCCUGAUGGGAUUGUUGGGGAACGGGCUUGCCAUGUACUUGAUCGGGUCCCAGAAGGGCAAAUCCACUCCCAUCAUUAAUAUUUUCAUCUUUGGCUUAGCGGUGGCCGACUUCCAGUUCUCGUUGACGCUCCCCUUCUGGGCUGCAGAGACGGCCCUGGAUUUCAUUUGGCCCUUUGGCGAAGUGAUGUGCAAGGUGGUCCCUUCUCUCACCAUCAUCAGCAUCUACGCCAACGUCUCGUUGCUCACCGCCAUGAGCGUGGCGCGCUACUGGACUUUGGCGUCUGCCCUGAAGGCUGGUUCUGCCAUGACUCCUAACCAGGCCAAAUGGAUCACCGUGGCUCUCUGGGCUUUGGCGUUAGGGGCCAGUGUGCCCACUGUUAUGUUCACGGCUGUACAGGAUAUUGUUGGAGUGAAAGUGUGCCUUUCCAGGUUCCCCACAGAAUAUGGCUUGGGCAUCUACCGUCUCCACCGGGUGGUGUUCACCUUUCUGAUACCAUUGGGGAUCAUCUCAGCCUCCUACGUCCUUCUCCUAAGACUCCUCAAGACCUACCAAUUCAACGGCAGCUAUACGAAACGGCAGAAACAAGUCACUACCACCAUCCGGCUGGUGGUGAGCUCUUUCUUUAUCUGUUGGUUUCCUAAUCACGUGGCGACUGUCUGGGGGGUUCUGGUCAAAUUCCAUCUAUUGCCCAUCGACAAAGCUUUCUUCUUUCUCCACAACUACAUCUUUCCGCUCACAACAUGCCUGGCUCAUGCGAGCAGCUGCCUCAACCCCAUCCUCUACUGCCUGAUGCGGAAUGAGUUCCGGAAAGCUAUUCAGGAAACCUUUUGGAAGCUCUCCAAAGGGAUGUCUUCUUACUGCAGUUCCUCUGCUCAUAAGAUAGGGGAGGAGGUUGUAUCGGUGGCUCUGCCUUUAAGCCCAUCUGAAAAUCUCUCCAUAAAACCAAAACGGGACAAGGAGAACCAUACCUUCUCCUCCUCCUUGGAUCUGAGAACCAAGGAAACAAAACUGACCACCAAGGUACAGCUGCUGACACCUGGACCAGAAAUGACCUUGUGA